AGAGAGCCAAGAGAGAAAGGGAAAGAAAAACGCAGUCAAAAACAGCGCCGGAGAAAAUCACCGGCGAUCAUGCCGCACCUUGUUCGGGAGAAUCUCUUCAUCGGCAACAUCACCGACGCAGUGGAAAUUCUCGAAAACGGCAGCGCCACCGUCACUCAUAUCCUCUCGGUUCUCAGCUCCGCCUCCAUUUCCUUCUUCUCGGAGUACAAGAAGGGCCUCGCAAUCCCCACCAAGGAGAUAAAGACGGUCUACGCCGACGGCGGCUCCGGCGAUGAUUCCUCGGCGUCCUCCGUCGGCGGGAAGGUGGUGUACUUGGUGGAAUAUGCGGGGAAGGAUUUGAAGCUGGUGAGGAUGGGGGUUCCGAUUAGAGAUAUGGAGAGUGAGAAUUUGUUGGAUUCUUUGGAGGUGUGUUUGGAUUUUAUUGAUCAGAGUCGAAAACAGGGCUCUGUUUUGGUGCAUUGCUUUGCUGGUGUGUCUAGAAGUGCAGCUGUCAUUACGGCGUAUCUUAUGAGAGCAGAACAGUUAUCGCAAGAAGAUGCACUAGGAUCCCUGCGGCAAAGCUGUGAGUUUGUUUGCCCCAAUGAUGGUUUUCUAAAUCAGCUAAAAAUGUACGAGGAAAUGGGCUUCAAGGUUGAUCAUGCCAGCCCCAUAUAUAAGUCUUUCCGCCUCAAAAUAUUGGGUGAAUCUUAUUAUCGCGGUGAUAAAAUAGACAGCUCUAAAUUUGGCGCUGAUCCUGGUUUGCCCAGUGAUGUUACCUCUCAAGUGGAAUCACCUCCAAACGGAGGUAAAACUGGGACAUCUGCGUUCCGCUGCAAAAAGUGCCGAAGACUUGUUGCUGUACAGGAUAAUGUUGUGGACCACAUUCCAGGUCAGGGUGAGACAUCUUUUGAAUGGCGUAAACGGAAAAGUAGCAACUCUAACAACCCUGAGGAUUCUGAAUGUUCAUCCAUAUUUGUUGAGCCUCUGAAAUGGAUGACAGCAGUGGAAGAAGGAGCAAUGGAGGGCAAGUUGUCUUGUGCACAUUGUGAUGCUCGCUUGGGUUACUUCAACUGGUCAGGUAUCCAAUGCAGUUGCGGGAGCUGGAUCACCCCUGCUUUUCAGCUUCAUAGAAGUCGAGUAGACACCAGCAGUAUCUAAUAUCUGUGAAGAUAAAGACUUUUUGGAGUUGAGCCCACAUCAGAUUAGUUCAAAUACCUCCAAAUGGUAGUUUUAAGUCUCACAUUCUAUUUAACAAGGUAUAUACUUUUCAAGACAAUCAGCAACCAAAGAAGAAUGGGAGGUUUUAUGGUGUUUUCACACUGUUUGUAACCCCAAGACCAAAUUUGAGUAGCUGCAGCGAGAGAAACUGCUGCGGCUUUCCCUGAUGUGUUGCAUGAAAUUUUAGUUGUCAUGGCAACUGGAACUGGUUUAAUUACUCGACUGAUCCAAUAUUGUGCUGAUGUGCUAUCAUGUAGCUGUGUGCAUGUUUUAUUUUGUUCUUUGGUAUGACGAAUGUUCGGCACAUAAAAGGAGAUUGGAUUAGUUUCCACUUAUAAAAGUUGUAUGGCUCUUCGUAUGAGAUUGAAUCAGAGUGAAUGGCUAGAACCAUGUAUUUGCUGAGUGAAGUGGUUUGAGUCUUGAAAAUAUCAUGCAAUAGUUGUUUGCUGAGUAGAGGCAACCCAUGUAUGUGCACGCAAUAGUUGUUUGCUGGCUUCUCUAUUGUAGUGGCAAAUAACCCAUGUCUUUAACUUCUUGAAUUCGUAAUCUGACAUGCAUUGAUGCCUUUCGAAUGUUUAUAUUUGAAUGAUUU